UUUUACAAUUUUAAAAUUCAAAACAACUUAACAAAGAAGGGUGAUGCCAUGGAAGCUACUCCAACAACGUCAUCAGCCACAGGGAUGCUGACCAGUCCGUUCAUGAAGAAGAUGAACACGCCUACAUCCCCAGAGGAUGCCAAUAUGGCUGUUAUAGGAGCUGUUAUUGCCGUGGUUUUUCUCACUCUCCUUUCCGUCGUUGUGAUAAUCGUUAUUUACCUGUACAAAAAUAAGGGCAACUAUCACACUUAUGAACAACCUGAAGCAGAUCCAGAGGGAUCAGUCCAAAUGGAAGACUUCCCCUAUAAACGUGAAAAAGAAGAGUACUUCAUAUAGAAGAUUCCGGACUGCUGCCAUGUUUUAGA